AUGGAUGCAAAAAUAGACGUAAACAAGACAUACUGUGAUUUGAGUUCAAAAGCAUCUGUUAAAUGGAAAAAUUAUUUUUACGAACUUCGUUUUGGUAUCAAUCAUUUUACAAUACGUUGUCUUUUCUCAGAACUAAUUCCAACUGGAGCUAUUAUUCUGUUUAAUAGUUAUAUUAUUUAUCAUGUUGUUCGAACAUGGCAACAUUUACAUAAAAUAAAUGGUCAUCAACGACAUAAAAGACAAUCACGAACGACAUCAUGGUUGACUAAAGUUCUGCUUCUUCAUUCAUUUCUUUUUCUUGCAUCACUUUUAUCACAUAUUACUGCACAUUUUAUCGUUGUCCAAGCGCAUGAAACAUGGUGGGUUUUAUUAUCAAUUUUAAUUAAUUGUUCUUUAAAUUUUUACAUCUAUUGUUUGUCGGGUAAAGCAUUUCGAGAUGAAAUUCGUCGAUUUGCGCAUCGAUUUAAAAUACAAUUUCUUCAUAUAUUACAUAUUCAGCAAUAUCAACGAAAACGAUGUUGUCAGAAUCAGAGUUUAACUGACGAAAUGAAUCAUUGUCAAGUCAUUAUUCAACUCAAAUUACGUCGUCUCGAUGAUUUAGAUGAGGAAUAUUCCACCUGA